AUUCAUCGCAUGAUAAACGUGUAGUUCUACUUAAUAUGACGACGCAACAAGUAUAUACAGUGAAUUAUCACAUUUCUUCUGAUAACAUUUUCUGAAUAAUCGCAAAAUUCUUUUCAAAAAUUACAGUAACUUUAAUUUCAUUAAAUCUGGAAAAAAAAAUUCUGCCUAAAAGAGUUAAAAUUAACUUGAACAGUUUUUUUUUUUAAUAAAAAAAACCAGUUUUUAUCGAUUCAAGCUUUUACCUUCUGAAAGUCACCAGAUUGAGAAAAUAAAUUUCAAAAAUGUACGUUCAAAUUGAAACUGAGACGAGUGUAGACAACAAUGUGACUCUAGUGGAUUUGCGAAGCGAUACAAUUAGCAAACCAUCAAAAUCAAUGAGAAAAGCGAUGUCUUUAGCCGAAGUAGGAGACGACGUUUUUGGAGAAGAUCCAACUGUUAAAAGACUUGAGGAACAUGCUGCAAUGUUAGUCGGAAAAGAGGCCGCUAUUUUUGUUACUUCAGGAACUAUGGGAAACCUAAUUGCUAUCAUGAAUCACUGCAACAUUCGCGGUUGCGAGGCCUAUUGCGGAGAAGAUUCUCACGUAAUGCUACACGAGCAGGGAGGUGCUGCUCAAAUAGCCGGCGUUACACUUUGCCCUUUACCAAACAAUACUGACGGAACGUUUGAUCUAAAAAAAUUGCAAUCAAAAAUAAAAGGCGACAGACAACAUGAGCCAAUAUCAAAAUUGGUAAUUGUAGAAAAUACAUUCAAUGGUAAAAUUGUACCUCAAUCCUGGAUAAAUGAAUUGUCAUCAAUAACAAAGAAGCAUUCACUGAAAUUACACAUGGACGGUGCAAGAAUAUGGAAUGCCUCGAUAGCAUCUAAAAUAGCAGUUAAGGAUAUAGUUUCUCAUUUUGAUUCCGUGACAUUUUGUCUCAGUAAAGGUUUAGGAGCGCCCGCCGGCUCUCUAUUGUGCGGAUCAAAAUCGUUCAUUGAAAAUGCAAGAUCAAUAAGAAAAGUUUUGGGCGGCGGUAUGCGACAAGUUGGUAUUCUCGCCGCUGCUGGAUUAAUUGCUUUAAAGGAAAUUGUACCAUCGCUACACAAUGAUCAUCGGAGAACUUACGCAAUUGCAAAGGCAAUUAAUGAUCUCAAUUCGAAAAUUAUAACUGUCAAUUUAGACGAAGUGCAGACAAAUAUGCUUUUUGUGAAAAUAUCUUCGGAUAAAAUUACGUCUCGAGAUUUUGUCCAGCGUUUGAAAACAACCAACAGCAAUCACGAUGAUGAUAAAAUAAUUGUCCGAGGAAUGGCCUUAACUCCACAUUCUGCGAGGUUUGUCCUCUAUUAUGAAAUCGACGACGAAAUGGUCAGUGCGGCCAUUCGUAAAUUCUCCUACGUCAUAAAAGAAUUAGAAAACUGAUUAUAGUCUUUCAAAAAAGUUAAAUUACUUUAAAUCGGACCUAUCUUACAAUAAAAAAAAAAAUUCUGGUA